AAUAGCUCUUCUAAUACUACUUAUGUAUCAGAAACUAUUAACAAUAUUGAGAAAAUGGAUGUGCUUAAAAUUACUAAUUGUACUUCUUCAGAAUUAUCUCACGAAACAGAAGUCAUUGAAGAUAUUGCGAAUUCUGCUGUAGAUUCAAACACUAUUAAUGACUGGAAUGCUUCAGAAAAAAUAAGGAAAACUAUAUCCUUGGGAUAUGAUCAAAAUGUGGUUUUAGAAAGUUUGGAAGAAAUCAAGAGCAAAACUGACUAUCAAGAUAAAUCAGUAGUAAGAUCAAGUAUAGUAACUGAAUUCAUGCAAGAUUUAUUGGAAGAGCUACUCUUAUCUGAUAAUCGACUUCUGAAAGAU